GGCUGCGCUUCCCGGGCGCAAUGAGGCCGGUCCUAGAGGCCAGUGUCUGCCGCGAGGCCCCUACGUGGUCUGGCCAGGCCCCUGGUUGAGAGAAUCUGUGGGCCUGGGAGCAGAGCCAAUGAGCAGCUCCCUGGCAGGGCCCGACUGCUGCGGAGGACUCGACAAUAUUGACUUUAGGAAGGCAGACCUCUACGUUAUGACCUGGCUGCUGGGCUACGUGGACCCCUCAGACCCCUGCUUUGUGGCUGCCAUCUUCACCGUCAUUUUCAACCCGCUCUUCUGGAAUGUGAUGCCUGCGCCACUGCCGCUGCCCUGCCUCGGACCUCCCCGCGCCCAGCCGUGGCCGACCCCGUUGUGUUCUUCGACAUUGCUGCUGAUGGUUGCAAGAUGGGAACAGAGAACCCGAAAGCUGAGCCAAGCCAUGGGCUCCCCCUACCUGGCCUGCUACAUGCUGGGCGGGGUCAUCUUGCUCCUAAAUGUCCUGCGCUCACACUGCUUCACACAGGCCAUGCUGAGCCAGCCCAGGAUGGACAGCCUGGACAGCCCUGUGGCCCACCUGACGGGCCUGCUGCUCCUGGGGGUUGGCAGCGUGCUGGUGCUCUCCAGCUUCUUUGCACUGGGCUUCACCGGGACCUUCCUAGGUGAUUACUUCGGGAUCCUCAAGGAGUCCAGAGUGACCACGUUCCCGUUUAGCGUCCUGGACAACCCCAUGUACUGGGGCAGCACAGCCAACUACCUGGGCUGGGCCAUGGUGCACGCCAGCCCUGCUGGCCUGCUGCUGACGGCGGUCGUGGCCCUCACCUAUGUGGUCGCCAUCCUGUAUGAGGGGCCCUUCACCGCUGAGAUCUACCGGCAGAAAGCCUCCCAGCCUGACAAGAGGAGCUGACUGGGCCAUACCAAGGGUCUGCUCCUCCUGGCCCGACCUUCCACCCACAUGCCUAGUCCAGGAGGGCGUAGUGCCCAGCCACUGCUCAGUGCCUGCUUGGCCAGGGCCACCCCAGUGCCUUGGGAAUUGCUGCCUUGGGGGCCAUGGACAUGCUGCUGGGUAGCCACUGAGCCCUUGCCCUGCUGCCCCCUCCAUGUUUUAACUCACCAAUAAAGGUCCCCCUACCCCA